GGUCGUGUCGGCUCCAGUCGGGCAGUUUCCAGUGGUGCGGCGGUGUGCUGCAGCCCAGCGGACGAUAUGGCAGACUCCGGGGUGGCGUUCACUUUCGACGAGCGGCGCGCGACCUCGCUGCGCCAGCUGCUGACCUGUGACCGGAGGACUGACCCCGGCGGUGACCCGAGAUCAGGUCACCUGACCACGGAGAUGCCCGGGGAGCGUCGCCGCCUGCCCGACCACCUGCUCUAUCCGAUGAUGAACAUCAAGUCGGCGCGCACCACCUCGCGCACCCAGCUGAAGCAGCAGCUGAUGCGGCAGCAGGCCGAGGAGCAGGAGGCCCGAGAGCGGCAGCGGCACCUGCUGGAGCUGCAGCGACAGCAGCAGCAGUCGCAGCCGCUGCCCACCCCGCAGACCGCCGCGCCGCCGCGGCUCCACAGCGUCGAUGUGCCCAACAAGGUGCUUCAGGUGGAGACGCGGCUGCAGCACCCGACGCCGUACCAUAUGCUGCAGAACCAGAAGCGUCAGGUGCGGGAGUACCUGUCUAACUCCGGGGAGCCGUCGCCGACGGAGCCGGCGCAGAUCAUGUCUCCUCCGUCCAACCAGACGAGCACCACCUCCGAGGCGACUGAGGUGGAUGAGCUGCUGGACAAUCUUCUCAGUCUUCAGAGCGAUCAUGCAGAUUCCACCGGCAACACGCCGUCCAGUCUCCAGGAGCGCUCUGUGGCCGGGCCGCGUGGGGUGCUGCUCAAGGACCCGCUUCGUGUCCGGACGGCGCCGACCCUACAGUACCACGACAUAUCACGGGACUGCCGCCAGAACAAGGGCUCCAUCCUGAAGGCCUCAGUCGAGUACAUCCGGAGAUUAAAACAGGACCUGGAACGAGCCAAGGAGCUGGAGGCGCGACAGAAGCAGAUGGAGCAGGCUAACGGCGGCUCCUGCUGCGGAUACAG